AUGAAAAACAUGCGGCACUUAUUAUUUAUAUUACCGUCAGUGUCUCUAAUACAAUUCAUUUUUGGAUAUGGCCUUGAUGCUCUAACACCUAUACAUUUCUUGACCGUGAAAAAGGAAAUCCUUUUGCGCCAGCGGUUAGCGACAGAAAAUCCUAAGAGUGCAGAACACGAAAACAAUCCUUGUAAUUUCAAAGAGUUAGAAAAACCAAACUUCGAUACACCUGGUCGUAGAAUUAGCGAGUCGAAAUGCUAUGAAUAUCUAUGGGAAAUAAGAAAACGUGAAUAUCAUUUCAAACAAAUCGAUAAAUGCCCGAAAUACAGAUUAAAAAAGCCGAAUUUCAAACAUUCAGCUGUCGGUGGAAGAAAAACAGAACCCGGUGAAUUCCCACAUAUGGGAGCUGUAGGCUGGAGAGCAAUUAAAGGCACAUGGAUAUUUAAGUGCGGCAGUUCGUUGAUAAGUUCUAAAUUCCUGCUCACGGCAGCUCAUUGCUCCAGAGCGUCGCCAAGAGAACCUAAUAUAGCGAACACUACACCGGAGAUAGUGCGAUUGGGCGACAAAAACAUUAUUGAUGUGGUCGCCAAUGGGCUCCCACCACUGGAUGCUAAAAUACAGAGAAUCAUUGUUCACCCACGAUAUGCCGCUCCGAAAAAGUACUUCGACAUAGCAAUCAUUGAAUUACAGAGAGAUGUGAUUUUUAAUAUGUACGUACAACCCGCUUGUCUCUGGAUCAAAUCUGAUACCAGUCCCCUAGGAAGCAAAGCCACAUUAACCGGAUGGGGAGUUAUAGAAACUGCGACCUUAGAAACGUCUCCGGAACUUCAAGCUGCGGAGGUGGAAAUAUUGGGUUCGAAUGUAUGCGACGAUUUAUUGAAGUCCUCUUGCAAUCGAUUGUGGUGUGGUCUGUCCGAGAAUCAACUUUGCGCUGGCAAAUUAUCUGGUGGAGUUGAUGCGUGUCAGGGUGAUUCCGGGGGACCGUUGCAAGUGAAGAUACAAUUACCGUCCAACAGCCAAGGGUCCAUUCACUACUUAAUAGGAGUUACGUCAUUUGGUGUAGGGUGUGGUCGCGCAAACACACCAGGUGUCUACACUCGCGUAUCAAGCUUCAUAGACUGGAUCGAGGACGUUGUGUGGCGUGGACAAAAUACUAGUAGUACUCGCAAA